AUGGAUCUCAAGGGCGAUUUGAUACCAGCCUACAGGGCUACAGAUCUAGAUGCCAUUCCUCAGAUCUGCCAGACGGUCCGGUCCACGUUCCGCACCAACAAGACCAAGAGCAUCGAAUGGCGCAAGGUCCAGCUACGAAAACUGUACUGGGCCAUGGUCGACCACACACCACAGCUAGAAGAGGCUAUGCGCCGCGACUUGCACCGGUCGACUUACGAAGCCCAUUUGACUGAGAUCGGCUGGGUCAAGAACGACUGUGUGUGGAUGUGUGAUCAUCUUGACAAGUUCGCUAGUGAACAACGUUUCGGCUCGCCGUUCGUGCCGUUUAUCUUUGCUGCACACAAGAUCCGCAGCCGCCCAGAGCCUCUCGGCGCCUCUCUCAUCAUCGGCACUUACAACUACCCCAUAAUGCUGAUUCUUGUCCCUCUCGUAGGCGCCAUUGCUGCCGGCUGCACUGCUGUCAUCAAACCGUCUGAGGGUGCGCCGAAUACGGCUAUGGCUAUCCAGGAGAUGCUCGAAAAGAACCUUGACACUUCCGCCUUCCGUGUGGUCAACGGAGCCGUCCCAGAAACUACAGCGUUGCUUGAAGAGAAGUGGGACAAGAUCUUCUACACCGGCGGCUCUCAGGUCGGCAAGAUCAUAGCCGUGAAGGCAGCAGAAACCUUGACACCCAUCACCCUCGAACUCGGAGGCCGCAACCCGGCGAUUGUCACCAAGAACGCAAACCCCAAGCUGGCAGCCAGACGGCUUCUCUGGGCCAAGGCCUUGAAUGCUGGCCAGGUGUGCCUGUCACACAAUUACGUACUAGUCGAGAAAGAGGUUGUCGAUGAGUUUAUUAAGGGCCUCAACGAGGCAUACAAUCAAUUCUUUCCGAAUGGCGCGAAGCAAAGUCCGGACUUUUCACGAAUCAUCAACGAGAGGCAUUUCCUACGCAUGAAGAAGAUGCUCGAUGAGAGCAAGGGCAAGAUCGUCAUGGGCGGCGAGAUAGAUCAGUCCGAGCUGUACAUCGCGCCCACGGCCGUGCUGGUCGAUUCUUAUCAGGAUUCGAUGGUGGAGCAGGAGUCCUUCGGUCCCAUCUUUGCCGUUUUGCCCGUCAAUACCCUUUCUGAGGCAAUCAAUAUUGCAAACGCCGUCGAUCGGACUCCGCUGGCACUCUUUACGUUCGGCACAAAAGCGGAGAACCAGAGAGUCCUGCACGAGAUCACCUCAGGCGGCGCUACCAUGAACGACUCGUUCUUCCACGCGUCAAUGAACAACGUGCCUUUCGGCGGCGUGGGCGGGUCCGGAAUGGGCGGCGCCUCUCGCGGCAAGGCUGGCUUCGAUGCCUUCACGCACUACCGAUCCGUGGCCGAGACGCCCGCUUGGAUGGAGAAGCUGAUCCGCAUCCGCUACAUGCCAUACAAGUGGAGCGAGAUGAAGCGGAUGAGCAUUAUGCGAGACGAGCGACCCAACUUUGACCGCAACGGCCGUGUCAUCAAGGGGCUGAGCUACUGGAUUCGAUUUGUUCUGGGACUGGGCGGCAAGGAGCCCAAAGCCAGGAGAGUUCAGUCUCUGCUCUACGGCACCUUCGGCGAUAUGAUGGGUAUCCUGUAUUGA